GCAUCUGUGUACUCCUGAAAUAGGAGAUGCCUGAACUAUGAAAUAUUUUCGUUUGUAGUUGAUCAUUUUUGUGUUCAUUUUAUCCCUUCAUUCGCGUGAAGGGUGUCCCCCCUCCCCCCCCCCUACAUGCCGAGGUUGGCACGGUCGGUUGCGAGGCCUCUGCAGUAGGGAGUGUUUUUAGAGGAAGACCACGAAAGUUGAUACUCGUUAACGGGGAAAUGUUUUAAGUUUGAUGUCAUUUUACUACAACUUUGCACGCGAAGACCGAGGAGAGGCAUUGAAAUCGAUUUCGAGACGUGGUUUGUUCAGUGAAAGCGGGGGUCCAGGUACCGGAGCUUAUGAUGCCUACGUUGCGGGACAGUACUAUGUCCCACCCAGGAGAGAAUCCUAACCAAGUGCGGGUGAAAGCCUAUUAUAAGGGAGACAUCAUGAUCACUCAUUUUGAGCCAUCCAUCUCUUACGAAGGGCUGUACAGUGAAGUCAGGGACAUGUGCAGCUUUGACAAUGAUCAGCUCUUCACCAUGAAAUGGAUUGAUGAAGAAGGUGACCCCUGCACAGUGUCAUCUCAGCUGGAGUUGGAAGAAGCUUUACGUCUUUAUGAAUUAAACAAGGACUCUGAGUUGAUCAUUCAUGUGUUUCCAUCUGUUCCUGAAAAGCCUGGUAUGCCCUGUGCAGGAGAAGACAAAUCCAUAUACCGCAGGGGAGCGCGGCGCUGGAGGAAACUGUACUGUGCGAAUGGACACACCUUCCAAGCCAAGAGAUUCAACAGGCGAGCAAAUUGUGCUAUUUGUACCGAUCGGAUCUGGGGACUGGGUCGGCAGGGGUGCAAGUGCCUGAACUGCAAGCUGCUAGUCCACAAGAAGUGUCACAAGCUGGUCACCGUUGAGUGUGGGAGACAGGUGAUACAGGAGCCUGUGGUGCCUAUUGGUCCAGCAUCUACAACACUGGAUCGUUUGGAGCCAGUUAUUCCAUACAAAGCAUCAAGUCAUGAAAAUCUGAAUCAUGUUGGGGAGGAAAAAGAGGCCAUGAACAGCAGAGAGAGUGGAAAGGCUCCUACCAGUUUAGGGCUGGCGGACUUCGAUUUGAUCCGUGUCAUUGGGCGAGGUAGCUACGCCAAGGUGCUGCUGGUUCGGCUGAAGAAGACGGAGCGUAUCUAUGCAAUGAAAGUGGUGAAAAAGGAGCUUGUGAACGACGACGAGGAUAUUGACUGGGUUCAGACAGAGAAACACGUGUUUGAGCAAGCGUCAAACCACCCCUUUCUUGUGGGGCUGCACUCAUGUUUCCAAACAGAGAGCAGGCUCUUCUUUGUGAUUGAGUAUGUGAAUGGAGGAGACCUCAUGUUUCACAUGCAGCGACAGAGAAAACUUCCUGAAGAGCACGCCAGGUUUUACUCUGCAGAAAUCAGCUUGGCUUUAAACUACCUUCAUGAGCGAGGCAUCAUAUACAGGGACCUCAAACUGGACAAUGUGUUACUGGAAUCAGAAGGACACAUUAAACUGACAGAUUAUGGCAUGUGUAAGGAAGGGUUGCGUCCUGGAGACACAACUAGCACAUUCUGCGGCACUCCUAAUUAUAUCGCCCCCGAGAUCCUGCGAGGAGAGGAUUAUGGGUUCAGUGUGGACUGGUGGGCCUUGGGGGUCCUCAUGUUUGAGAUGAUGGCAGGAAGAUCACCAUUCGACAUCGUUGGCAGCUCAGACAAUCCCGAUCAGAACACAGAGGACUACCUCUUCCAAGUAAUAUUGGAAAAACAAAUAAGAAUCCCAAGAUCCCUGUCUGUCAAAGCCGCUAGCGUCCUGAAGGGAUUCCUAAACAAGGACCCUAAAGAACGCCUGGGCUGCCACCCUCAGACGGGCUUUGCUGAUAUCAUGGGUCAUCCUUUCUUCCGAAACGUGGACUGGGAUCUUAUGGAGCAGAAACAAGUGGUCCCACCCUUCAAACCCAACAUUUCUGGGGAGUAUGGACUGGAUAACUUUGAUGCGCAGUUUACCAAUGAGCCUAUUCAACUUACGCCAGAUGACGAUGAUGCUGUGAAAAAGAUCGACCAGUCAGAAUUUGAGGGCUUUGAAUACAUCAACCCUCUUUUGAUGUCAGCCGAGGAGUGUGUCUGAAUGGAAGACAGUAUUCCUUAAGUCAUUGCUGUUGCCUUUUAAAACUCUGCAUGGUUAAACAUCGUACCGUUUGGAAGCUGUCAUUCUUUUAAAUGCGUCUUAAAGGUUGUCACAAGCUGCUACUGGCAAGCUGAUCUCAUACUCAGCCAUUUAUAACCACUACACCUUAAGUGUAUUAUUUUUUAUCAUGUAACCUAUAUGCACUGACACCCUGACUCAUUAAUAUAGACAAAGCAUCUUAUAACAAACAUCUCGGCAACCAAUGAGAAUUUGUACCUAUAUGCCCAAGCUAUAGAAUUAAGGAAAAUGUAAUGAACUAGGAGAUGUCUCUUCUAUAAUGUCUGUGUUUAAUACAGGGUUCACUCUGCCCAAAUUGUACGUCACAAAAACAGUUGUAGAAGUUUGGUAGUUCAGAGGAAUGGACUCUUACUGAAUUUUCACUUGAAAUGUAUAUCAGACAUAAGGAAGGAACUGGAAACAUGCACGUUAAAGGUAGCUAGCUGUAAUGUUUAGACACACCAGUUUUCAUUGGCACCCAGCUCUAACCCAUACAAAAUUUUGACUAAAAGCAAAAACACUACAGUGAGCCCAAAUGGCAUGCCUUUUUUUUGUGGUAGAAUCGGUCGUUUUAGUUAAGAUGGACUGUGUUGUGGAGACGGGGGAUAACAAAAUCCGCCACAUUGAAUGAAGGUACCUUCUAGUCAUGUAACUAUUCACAUACGUGUCGGCAAACUGUGAAAGCUGCGAGUGACAGCUGACUCUGGAUUAGAAUGAUAUUGCAGAUUUACAGAACAUCUGCAUCCAUAUGGGACCAAAAAUAUUUUUUGACAUUACAAAAUUAAAUUACUCGUUACUUCGCACUAGUCUGGCUGCUUUGUCAAGUAGAAAAUUGUACAGCCCCAAGGGAAAGACUUCAAUUUCAAAGCCUCGUUUUUAUCGCAUUUUUAAAGUAAUUAUUACCUUUCGGAUGCCAAUAGACUUUUUCACUAUAUGUAUUAUUUUUCUAUUAUUACUUGGCAAUAAGACAAUUACUGUAAGGAAGGGGCUAAUAUUUUUUCUUUUUUUCUGUAAGCUGAAGGUGGAAUUUGUUUUUUGUCUCUUUCCUCUGGUUCUGAAGAACCAGCCUUUCAUCUGACUAGUAAGAUAAGUUAUCGGAAUCAACUUAAGAGGGUUCCCAAAUCCUGCUAGAUGACAAGAAUAUCACACACAUCUUAUUAGUAGGAGUUUGUAGGGAGCAAGUUUAAACAAACAGCCUCCAGUCUUCCUUUGACUGCAGGAGAACCUGUCUUUCCCUAUGAGUUUCAGAGCAACAUGUCUGAAACAAUUGGUUCAGUAUACAUAAAUAAACAAAAGAAAGGUGAACCUGCGUUUAUUUUUUUUCUUAUCAGAUGUACAUCCUCGGACACAAUGUAAAAUCAAACUGGAGCUAUAUCAGUGUAUUACUGUUUAGAAGCUUAAUGUCAAAAUUACAUGGUUACAUAACUGUUACAGAAAAAGGUCUUCAUCUCUAUCUUUUUGUGUCCUUUUGGUUCCAUUUCUGUGAUAAAGGUACUUCAGCCACAGAAGCAGGUCCCUUCUGCAGGAACCUUUAAAGUAUUUAAAAGCCCAAACUACCGCACAUCUUUAAACACUCAAGUGCUGUUGUUCUCACCACUGUUGUCUUGUGUAUGAUGAAUAGGACCUAUCAAGGAAAAGAGGAAGUGUGUAUGAUUGCUCGAGACCACUGGACUGCAAGGACCACUCUUAUAGUGUGAAAAGCAUUAGCCAGUGAAUUCUUAUUAAUAAUUUAAAGUGAUGUUUAUAAAAAAAACAAUAGGCUAUAGGAAGGCUGUUUCUCUUUUGUGUGUCUUUCCAGGGAACUGUUAUUGAACAUUUUUUGUAAUCUUUAUUUCUCCUUUUACAUGAUCAAAUGUUAGGGACACAGUGGCAGGAGAAAUAAAACGUAAGGUAUUUUUUCUACACUUUUUCUAUUGAGUUUUUUUUGUUAUUGUUUACAAGCUGUUACAUAUUCUAUAACACUACAUUGUUUAAAUGACUUUAUUUAGUAUUUUGUAUGGGUUGAAGAGUUUGAUAAACUUUUUGCAGAGAAAAUAGAGUGGAAUUCGUAAUAUCAAGUGACAGAUCUGUAUUAAUCGUGACAUGUGGAGACCACUUUAACGCUGAAGAAAUGAAGAUGGGAGGUUAAAGAGUGCCCAAAUAAAAUACUGUGUUCGUUUACGGUUUUAAAGACUGUACUGCUUAAGAUAAUUUUAUUUUUUCAGUUUUUUACCUUCACACAGAUCUUUUACCGUUUGCUGUACUGUAGCCUUCACAAAAACUAUGGGAUUUUUUUUGGCAGCUGUCUUUGUUUUCUGAUACCAGUAAAAUUAUAGGACGUGGUCCUGUUUUAGCAAGUGAUACAGACGUAGCUGGAAAGCGACAGUCUGGAGCUGUUCCUCUGAACUGAGGAAACCGAAUCUGAGGCCCAGCAGCUGCAUGUCUCCUGUCUUUGUGGAAGGAGGCAGCAGUCGCUCAGUAGUUUGGAAAGAGAGGUGAAAAAGAAGCUAAUGAUCACCAUAAAGAAAAGGAAAAAAAAAAGAGUACUUGAAGCAAUAUAGUCUUCAGCAUGUGGAAACCCAAAGUUGGAGAGUAAGGUGAAAUACCGCAAUGAUAUGCUGUAAUUAAACAAUAUUAAUUAAAUGAAAAAGUACAUUAUACAAAAGCAAUGUAUCUGUUUUUUUUUUAUCAAAGUGAAAAUGAAUAACAGAUAUUUGUAUGUCCUCCAGGAAACUGGUAGAAAGACAGGUAAUGGGGAAAGUGGGCAUCUCCGUAGAAACCAAAACCGCAAUGGCCAUGGCUUAUGAUGAUCUGAGUAAUAAAUUAAUGCAUCAAUAUGUUUUUGUAUGUCUGUAAAUUAGGCUGUGGAAAUGGUGCUGUACAAUAUCAUCAAUGCCAAAUACAUUUUUUUUGCUUCCUUAAAA